UUCAAAGCCUGGACUAUUACAGCAGCCUCCCCUCUAGUUCUUCUGCCUCCUGCCUGCUCCUUCCAUUCAAUUCCUCAUGUUGCCCUAGAGAGGACUUCCAGAAAUCACCCUGAAGCUUUGGAGGACUAGUCUUCGCUAUAACUCCUCAAGGGACUUUGGGAAAGUCACUUUCCCACUGGGCCUCAGUUUUCACUUCUGUAAAGUGGAGCUUAAAAGACUGUCUCUCACUUCCUUCUAGAUCCAGCAUUCUUUAAGUUGUGGGGGCAAUAAGGUGGGGUCAGAGUUUUGGGCUCCCAGGACACAGGUGGGUUCUGGCCUGGCCUUAGGCUGGAUCCACACAGGGCAAUCCUGGGCUGGCCCUGCCCUCGCCCAAAUGGAGCUCCUCUCUUCAGUACCAAGGAUAGCAGCUGUCCCAUUCUGGGCUCUGGACCAGGGUGGGGCAAGAUGGGGUCUCAUUUCCAGGAGAUCCCUGGGAAGUGCUGCUGGAGGCUGUGACUGCCUCUUCCUCUUUUGUGGUGGGACAGAUGGAACGGCCUCCUGUUUUGGUCUUUAAGGGUCACAGAAUUACUGCGAGCAAAGCUGGUCUGGUUUUCUAGGGAGAGCGGCUACGUAAAGAUACUCCCCCUGAUCAGUGGGGUUCCGAGACCGACAGGUAUGAAACCAGCAGAGGAAUUUUCUCUGAGAUUGCAAGACCUUUCUCCUCACCCAGAGGCAUGGAACCUAAUCUCUGCUGAAUCCCAUCUCAAACCAAAGUGAAUUGGUGGAGAGAGUGAAAAGUAACCACAUGAGUGGAUUGGGAGUCAGUGGGCCAAGGCUGUAGCCCCAGCUCUACGGGUGCCUGGACUGGGGGCUUCCCAUCUGAGAAAUGGCAGGGGCAUUUCAGGAUUCUACCCAGGGGCUCACAGUGGAUUGGGCAGGUUGAAGAAGGUAAAUUUUCUCCCAAAUGGGUCAAAGCUUUCCCAGACUCUAGAAGAGGCGGUCCUGGGGUCGUGAGGUGGUGAGACUGACUUCGGCUCAGGGUGGAUGUGGGGAGGCUUUGAGGAGAGGGAGGGUAUCGUCUCGACAGACCCAUCCGUUCCCCAACCGCUUAGAGGAGACGUGGCAGUUAGGAGUAAAGGGCAGGGCGGGCCCCCCACGCCCGCAGCUGUUGCCCAGCCCUCUGUGUGUUGUGGGUUUGCAUCUGUGUGUGUGACUGAGCAGAUGGGUCCAACCACAAGUGUCAUGGCGUGAAUGUCACAUGCACGUGGCAGACUGUGUCAUGUGUCCCUGAGACGAAGACGUAGUAGGACCAUUUGUGACUGUGGGGCUGCUGCAUGAACAUGGCCAUGACCUUGUAGGAGAUUGUUGGCACCCACGUGUCUCUGCUUGUGCCUGUGCGAAAGGAGCGUGCAUGAGCUGAUGCCUGCGUGUGUGUUGGGGGGGGCAGACAUCUGGAGGAUCGCAUCGAGUCCUGGAGACUAGUGUUCCCGCGUCCCAGAAAUGUCUUUCAGAGAAGACGUUCCUCCUCACUGCCACCCCCAGCCCCCCCCCAUCACCAGUGAGGCCGGCCCUCUCCGCGGUGCCCCUCCGGGUGGGACUUCCUGAAAGAUAAGUAGGGCAAAGCAGGGGAAAUAGUCCUCCUUUUCCCAGGUUGGGACCUCGAACGUCGGCUCCUAACCAGGGUUGGGCGUGAGUGAAGAGGGCAAGCAGCUCCCGCUCUGCACGGCUUUCAGGGGCUGUGCUGUCUGCCUCGCCCUGGCCUCUCCUCAUCCCUGUUAGCAACUCAGCUCUUGGUUUGCCUGGGCCUCUGACCGGGUGACAGCAGCCGGCUCCUUCGGUAGAGUCCCUGUUGGAGUGCCCCUCCCUCCCCAUCAGGCUCCUCAGGCAGCCCAGCUUCAGGAGGAGGAGUCCCCGCAAACCUACGACCGGUCUUCUGCUGCCACCCCCACCCCACCCCACCCCCAGGAGGAGAGGGUGUCUAGAGGGACCACACUGCAAUGCUGAGGAGGUUGUCAUGGAAACCCAGGCAGGAUGAAGGGGCCACCAAGAAGCUGCGCAGCAACAUCCGGCGGAGCACCGAGACGGGUGUUGCCGUGGAGAUGCGGAGUCGCGUCCCUCGCCAGGGCAGCCGAGAGUCCACCGACGGGAGCACCAACAGCAACAGCUCCGACGGCACGUUCAUCUUCCCCACCCCUCGGCUCGGGGCAGAAAGCCAGUUCAGCGAUUUCCUGGAUGGGCUGGGACCCGCUCAGAUUGUGGGGCGACAGACGCUGGCAACGCCGCCAAUGGGGGAUGUGCACGUGGCCAUCAUGGACCGGAGCGGCCAGCUGGAGGUGGAAGUGAUUGAGGCUCGGGGUCUGACCCCCAAACCAGGCUCCAAAUCCCUCCCAGCCACUUAUGUCAAGGUUUACCUGCUUGAGAAUGGAGCCUGCUUGGCCAAGAAGAAGACAAAGGCAGCCAAGAAGACCUGUGACCCUCUGUACCAGCAGACUCUGCUCUUUGACGAGGGGCCCCAGGGCAAGGUGCUGCAGGUGAUCGUCUGGGGAGACUACGGCCGCAUGGACCACAAGUGCUUCAUGGGCAUGGCCCAGAUCAUGCUGGACGAGCUGGACCUGAGCGCCACGGUCACCGGCUGGUACAAACUCUUCCCCACGUCCUCGGUGGCAGACUCUACGCUCGGCUCCCUGACCAGGCGCUUGUCCCAGUCCUCUCUGGAGAGUGCCACCAGCCCCUCUUGCUCCUAAGGACCUCAGGAGGGAGCCGGGACGUGCGUGAGAAGGGGUGUUGCCGCCCCCCCACCUCCUUCCCUGUAAAUAGUCUUCAGGUCUUUCUAGACCCCCUGCCCUGCCGCAUGCCUGUGGGCUAGUGGGCCUGUCCAGCGGGCAGUGGAGACUCUAGUGUGUGUGUGUGUGUCUGUGUCUGUGUGGCCACGUUAGAUCCGUUCAUUUGUCUGAGUGCAGCAGUCUUGGUGACGACAUGGGCCGACGUCUGUGUCUCCGUGUCUCGUUGAAAAGAUCCCUGAAGGAGUGCUGUGUGACUGUGACUCCCCACCGCACGCCUGAGUCCGGGGGUGAAAGUGGGGGGUGGAGCUGCUGGUCCACCCUGCCUGGUCCAGGCUCGGGGCAGUGCCUGUGUGUCCCCCCGUGCCUGUCCUUGGUGGCCCCUGCUUAGUCUCCUGUCUCGGCCUCUGUUCCACCUCCGCCUCUCCCGGCACUGCUGCUCUCGGAGGAAUGCAGCAUCACCGCAGCUGGCCGCCCUGGACCUCCAGGAACCGACACCCUUCCUCUCCACCCGAGGACCUGGCUGCUCUUUCCCCCGAAUGCACGGCAGCAUCUCACCUGGUGCCCUGGCUGGGGCCCAGGGAGCAGAGGAUGCUGGGAUGGCCUUCUCCCUGGGGCUGGUACCACCUCCUUCCUGCAAGGGAGAUCCGAGGAGGUGUCAGAUCCCAGGGUUGCUGGCCAGGCAUCUUGGAGGGAGGAGCCGGCCCCUCACUCCGCAUUGCCCUUCGCCUCCUCUCGCCCUCCGAGCCUCCCGCCUGCCAAAGGAGCUCCCUCCGUGGACCCAGAGGGCUGGACAAGGGGUUCUUGACAAGCAAGAGGUUGGCCCCCGCGGGGAUGUCAUCUGCCAAAGCAGGCAGCCCCUGGAGGCACCCGUGUCCUUCCCAGGGUCUGUUGGAGCCUGGCUUGUGGAGAAGGUGCCGAGGGUGGGGCUGACCUGCUCUGAGAAUCCUGUCUGCCCUUUGGGGAUUAGCUGCAUGAAGCUCACCUUUGCGGGC